GGAAGACCAAACAAUAGUUGUUAUCAAUACUCCGGAUUUUGUCUUUGACAAGAUGAACGAAAUUACAGAGUUUUUAAAAAACUGUGUGGAAUAUUUUGCUCCUGGACCUCAUGUGUUCCUGCUGGUUCUACAGCCAGAAGAGUUCAGCGAGGAACACAAACUAAGGCUCUGCAGCAUACUUAAACUCUACAAUUAUCGAUCAUUUGAUCACUCGAUGAUAUUGAUUUCAACACCUAGAAAGAGGAACUCAGGCUGCACAGAACAAUAUAUGCAACACCCACAAUUAAAAGAUAUGAUUAAAAAAUGUAGAUACAGAUACUUGAGGAGGAGCGACAUUGAACUUCCAGAGCUGUUAUAUCGCUUGGGUCAAAUUGUGAAGGAGAACAAUGGAGAACAUGUUAGCUAUGAACCAUUUGAGGAUACCUCACAGACUUUACCAGCAGAUGUUCAAAGCCCCAAACAAAAGAGUACACUGACUUCUAUUACAGAUCGUGUUACAGCCAUGGGACUACACAAACACGUUUCACUUGAAUGGUCAUCUUCUGAGAAAAGUACUCUGUCUCGAAUGUCUGACAUUAGGAUUUUGUUGCUGGGGAAAAGUGACGACAAGAAGACAAAACUUGGUAACUUAAUCGCUGGGCACAAAGGUUUUACAUUGCAAGAUUUUUUAUCACAGUAUGUGACCUUAUGUGGAGAGUGGAGAGAAAAAACAUUGACUGUUGUGCAAACUCCAGACUUGUUUAGUCUCUCUGUAGAGCACAUACAAAGAGAGAUGAAGAUCUGUGUGAAUCGCUGUCCUCCUGGACCAAAUGUUCUGCUGCUGUUAGUAAAGUCCUCUGAAUUCACUGAGGAGAACAGAAAAACUCUGAAGUUCAUCCUGAGUUUGUUAGGUGAAAAUGCCUUUACAACCUCCAUGGUCAUCAUCACACACAAAGAGGAGAGAAAGAAUAACUCUGUGCAAAAACUUAUCAGAGACUGCAAACAAAAUCAGCACACAGUCAGUCUUGAUAGAAAAGAUUCUUCAAAACAUGAUCGAGAAGAGUUGAUGAAAAAAAUGGAAAAGAUAGUGAAUGACAACAGGGGAAGAUUUCUCACAUUAAACGAAGAGGAUGAUAUUGUGACAGAACUUAACAAACCUCUCCUGAACUUAGUGCUGUGCAGUAGAGAAGGAGCUGGAAAGACAUCAGCAGUUAAUGCUAUUCUAGGACAAAAAAAGUUUGGUCCACCUGCCAACUCAUCAGAGUGUGUUAAACAUCAGGGAGAGGUGCGUGGACGUUGGGUUUCCCUGGUAGAGCUGCCUGCCUUGUAUGGAAAACCUCAGGGCAAAGUGCUGGAGGAAUCACUCAAGUGUAUCUCCCUCUGUGAUCCUGAGGGUGUCCAUGCCUUUAUCCUGGUCCUACCUGUGGAUCCCCUCACUGAUGAAGACAAACAAGAGUUAGAGACCAUAGAGAACACAUUUAGCUCUCAAGUCAACAAUUUCACCAUGAUUCUGUUCACUGUGGACUCUGAUCCUACAGAUUCAGCUGUUGUUAAUUUUCUAAAUGAAAACAAGAACAUCAAGGAGCUCUGUAAGAGAUUUGGAGGAAGAUCUGUUGUUCUCAACAUGAAAGACAAACAACAAAUCCCAGAAUUGCUGGAGGAGGUAGAAAUAAUGAAAGGCGAAAAACCAAGAUGCUUCACAAAAGACAUGUUCAUGAAAGCUCAGAUAAAGAAGGUAAUUAAGCUUACAGAUGAACUGCAGCAAUUGAAGCAAAGUACUAAGGUGGUACAUGAAGAUGAAAAUGAGAGCAGAGAGCCUCUCAGGAUGGUGCUGAUUGGGAAAACUGGCAGUGGAAAAAGUGCUACUGGAAACACCAUUCUGGGUAACGAAGACUUUGAGUCGACUACGAGUUCAAGGUCAGUAACAAAGUUCUGUGAGAAAGCAGAAGGAGUGGUUGAUGGACGUCCUGUUGUUGUUGUCGACACCCCUGGUCUGUUUGACACAAGUCUGACCAAUGAUUAUGUUCAACAAGAACUCAUUAGAUGCAUCAGCAUGUUGGCUCCUGGACCUCAUGUGAUCUUACUGGUGCUGCAAAUCGGUCGGUUUACAAAAGAGCAAAAAGACGCUGUUGAUCUGAUCAAGACGUGUUUUGGAAAAAAAUCAGGAGAUUUCAUCAUCAUUUUAUUCACCAGAGGAGAUGAUCUUAAAAAGGGAACAAUUGAAACUUACAUAGAAAAUAGUGAUGAUGUUUUACAUAAACUGAUACGUGAUUGUGGAAGGCGGUAUCAUGUCUUUAAUAACAACAAUCAGACAGAUCGCACACAAGUCAGAGAGCUGCUGACAAAGGCUGAUAACAUGGUUAAGGAGAAUGGAGGCAGCUGCUACACCAGCCAGAUGUUCCAAGAGGCAGAGGCAGCAAUACAGAAGGAAGUGGAGAAGAUCCUGAAGGAGAAGGAAGAAGAGAUGAAGAGGAAGGAGCACGAACUUCAGAGAAAGCAUAACGAAGAAAUUGAAAACAUUAGAAUACGAAUAGAAAGGGAGAGAGAGAAAAUUGAACAGGAGAGAAGGAAACAACUUAAAAAAAUGGAGAAAAAAAUUGAAAAGGAACGUAAGCAGAGAACGAAAGAACAAGAAAUUAGAGAAGAAGAAGAUAGGAAAAGGAGAAAAGAAGAAGAAUGCAAACAGCAAGAGUGGGAGCAAAAACUUAAAGGAGAGCUGGAGCAGAACAGAGAAGACAUGAGAAAGCGACAAGAGGCCUGGGACAAGGAAAGAAAGGAAGGGUGGGAGAAACGACAUCGACAAGAUGAAGAGAGACGUAUAAAGGAGCAAGAAAGAUUUAAAAAACUCCAAGAAGACUACCAACGGGAAAGAGAAAUGUAUGAAACCACAAGAAAAGAAGAAGAUCGAAAUAGAAGAGAACAGGAGGAAAAUGAGAGAGAAAAAUUAGAAGCAGAUUAUAAGAAAAAAAUUGAAGAAAUGAAGAUGAAAUAUGAAGAGGAGGCGAGAAAACAAGCUGAAGAAUUCAAUGAGUUCAGACAGAAAUACACCAAAGACUUUACAGCUUUAGUAGAAAAACACAUGGAGGAAAUACAAGAACUGAAGUUAAAACAUGAGAGACAAAUGCAACAGAGAGAAGGAAGCUACAACAAAGAGUUUGAACUGUUACAAAAUCUCUCAAGCCACAAAGAAAAACAUCUGAAAGGUGAGAUAGAUGAGCUAAAGAAGAAGCAUGAACAAGAGAUAUAUGAACUGAAACAGACGUACAGCAACAAAUGUUUGAUCCUCUAAGUCAACUCCUGUUCAAAAUGAUGUGACCUUAACAGCUAUUCAAAUCAAUGCUGUCUGCAGCUUGUUUCUGCAGUCAGUUCAGCAGCUGUGUAAGCAGCAAUAUUUGGCUGCUGUAAUAUUAUAGUCUCGUGCUACAGUUUUAUAAUGUUUGAAACUAUAAUUUUUUAUUGGUUGUAUCAAUGCUUCUUGGCACUAAACCUUAUACUGGUGAAAACCCUGUUCAUUUCCCCUUAAAUCUGGUCAUCUUGGAAGAUCAAAUUUGGUCCCAGACUGUGGGGACGAUGGAUUCCCACUGGUUGCAGAAUCUCACCUUGAUCUAUCUCAGCAUUGAGAUUUGCUUCCAAUGAUAGCAAGCCUUAUUUUUCCACUGAGGUAGGUGCUACCCUAAUCCAUCACAUUCCCUGCACUGAAAGCUGCUGAAAUGUAGCCCCAUUUUAAAGUCAAUGAACAGGUUAUCCAACCUUAGAUUUAUUGCCAUAGCAUUGUUAUAACAAAGAUAUAAUUGACAGAAUAUAAAUUUCCCUACUUUUAAUAUUAAAUUUAGUUAUCUUGGAAUUGUAAAUAUGUGUUAGUAAAUAAAGCAGGAUUAAUACAAAUUAAUUACUUUCAUCCAUCCAAUCCAGCUUCUCAACAAUUAAUGCUGUUCCAUUUAUUUGCAGUGACAAGCUAAUAGUGCUAUAAAGUUGCUAUUAGUGUGCCUUUUGCCUAAAUGCUUUUAUUACACGGGA